AUGAAUUUUGAUAUUUCUGAUUCCAAUUGGCUAGAGAAUUACCAAAAAGAAGCUAUAUACCGUGCUCUACAAGAAUACAAGCGUGAAGCAGAACGUGUACUUCAAUGGAGCAAACAACUUGAGAGUAAACAAGAAAACUAUGAUAAGCAUUUAAGUCUUGUCAAUAGAUACUGGGAACAAUUAUUAAUUGAUUUGAAGAUGCUUAUUGAUAGAGUUGAUGAUAGCACACAACUUCGUGAUUCAAAUUUUCUUAAACGGCUUACUCAAAUUGAUAAUGAGGACCAAUCAAUUGAGAAAAUUGAAAAUGCAAUCAUUGAAAAAUGUACUAUUACCAAAGAAAUUGUAAAACAACUUUUAGAAAAAAUAAUUUUAUGGAUUGAAAAAAGAAAUAAUCUUAUUAAAGAUUUACAAGGAGAAAUUAAUGAUCCUACAUUAAGAGAAAAUAGAUCAAUUCAAUUACUACAAUCAGAAAAUCAAGAUUUAAACCAAGUUUAUAUACACGUUAAUAAAGAAAUUGACAUAAAUUCUCUUAAAGAUGAAUUACAGAUGACAAAAAAUCAACUUGGAGAAAAGAUAGAGAGAUUAGAAUCAACUGAGGAACAAUUAAGACAAGCUGAGAAACGUAUGGAUAAAUCAAAGAGUGUUACUCUUGGAUAUUGGUCUGGUGUUAAAACUCAAACUUUGCAAGAAUCACAAUCUAAUGAUAAUAAUUCAAAACAAUUGGAAGAAAAAUUAUUUCAAUUUCAAUCACUUUCAGAGUCUCGUUUAAAAGAAGUAGAAGAAAUAUCAAAAGAAAAGGCUAAUUUAAAGACAGAGAUUAAUAACCUUCAUUCUCGAGUAAUAGAAUCAUCACUAUACAAAAAUUUACAACUUCAAUACCUUCAUUGCAAAGAAAAUUUGGAUUACUUGCGUACAUUUAUGGAGCAAAAUAGUCGCGAAAUGGAGAAGAUGAUAGCUACUAGGAAUUCAGCAACAAAUCAGAUACAAGAAGAAAAUAAGCUUUCUAAAAAGGAUGCAGAAGAACAGCUAAAUAAACUUCUCACAGAUUUGGACAGAAUCCGUGCACAAAGAGAUGAUGUGACAAUGGAGGUGGACAAGUUAAGAGCAAUGCUGCCUACUGAUUUUCAUCAAAUAAAUGCUUUAAGGGUGAUUGCGAAUGAUCGCAAAACUAUAAUUAAACAAUUGAUGGAUGAAGUUCGAAGACUACAUAUGAAAUUAGCAGCACAAGAGGGUAACAAAGAUGCUGCAGAUUUUUAUUGUAAUCCUGUUCAACCUCCAGAAUUUUCUUAUGAUGAAAUAGCAUCAGGUGCUGAUACAUUUGAAUUCAUUCAACAAAAAUUAUCAUAUGAUCAUCAUUUACAAGAAAGAUUAAAACAAUCAGAAGAAAUCAGAGCAAAACUGGAACAACAAUUAGAUAAUUAUAUGAACAAUGCACAUCCAGGCAUGCAAGAAUAUCAAAGAAUGAAAAUCUCAGAACUUGAAUAUAAAAGAGAGGUUGAUGAGUUAAAAUCACAAAUAGAAGAAUAUGAUAAAAGAUAUGGUAUAAAAGAUCCAAGUGGUGAUCCAAUACAUGUACUAACAAAAAAAAUAGAGGAAUUAAUGAAAAAAAUCUCAAAAUUAGAAACAGAAUGUGAUUAUCUUAAAAAAAAUGAGAAAGAAUUAUUACAAGAACUUCAAGUUUUGGGUGAUCAUUGGACACGUCAAGAUGAAGAAAAUACUCGAAAAGUAUUUGAAAUUAUUGCACAAGAUGAAAGAUUGCAAAUUGCAAGAGAAUCUGAAUCAAAAGCUAGACAAAAAUUGAAUGCUAUUUGGAUGGAAAAUGUAUCAUUAAAAAAACAGAAAAAUCAUUUGUCUACAGUUAUUCAAAGUCAAACUGAUCAUGUUCGACAAAUGAAAUAUUUGGAAGAUAAUCUUAAAUCACAAUUGGAAAAUGCCAAUAAAGAAAUAGCAUGUUCUAAACAAGUGGUUGAUGUCCACAAACUCAAAUUAAUUGAAAUGGCUCAACAACAAAAAGAAAUGAAAGAAAAAAUAGAUAAAGCAUACAAUUCUUAUAUUGAUCUUCAAAAAAGGUAUGAUGAUUUGACAAAAUCGUAUGAAAAAGAAACAUUUAAAGUUAGGAGACUAAAUGAAGAAUUAGAAAUUUGUAAGAAAAAAGUAGAAGAAGUAGAUAAUGAUAAAUCUAAUGUUACAGCAGAAAAAUUAGUGUAUAGUUAUGAGAAACUAUUGAAAUGUUCAACAUGUUCUAUUAGAUUCAAAUCCCACUGCAUUAUAAAAUGUAUGCACAUUUUUUGUAAAGAGUGUCUGGGUCAGCAACAAGAAGCUCGAAAUCGUAAAUGUGCUACAUGUGGUUUAGCAUUCAGUACCAGUGAUAUUAAGCAAAUCUUUUUAUGUUGA